CCCCAAUCCUCAACUCUCUCCUUUGCUCUCCUCUUCUCACUUUCUGAGCCAAAACACAAAAAACAGAGAGAAAGUGAGUGAGUUAGGAAGCAGAAGAGAGCCAAAAAUGGAGAUGUCAAUUGCUUCACCUUCUUCUACAACACCAACUUUCUCUAUUCUCAACUCUAGCAAUUGUAGCAAGAAAAUUUCUUGUCUUUCAACUCAUUUCCUUAAAAAACACUUCUUUGGUAGUACUUUGCCUUCUUGUUUAUCUGCUAAAGUACCUUUUAAAGUAAACCCACUUCGUACUUCUAUCAAAUGCGCUGUUUCUGAGGCUACUGAAGCCCCCUCUGAGAAGAAGAGCCAACUGAUGAGGAGAAGUGAUAUACGGAAUAUAGCUAUCGUUGCACAUGUUGAUCACGGGAAGACGACAUUGGUUGAUUCUAUGUUGAAACAAGCAAAGGUUUUUCGUGAUAACCAGUUUGUACAGGAAAGGAUAAUGGACUCCAAUGAUAUAGAGCGUGAAAGGGGAAUAACCAUACUUAGCAAAAACACGUCAAUUACUUACAAGGAUACAAAAAUCAACAUAAUUGACACUCCAGGGCACUCUGACUUUGGUGGUGAAGUAGAACGCAUCCUCAACAUGGUUGAAGGGGUUCUUUUAGUGGUAGACUCUGUUGAGGGUCCAAUGCCCCAGACAAGAUUUGUCUUGAAGAAGGCACUGGAGUUUGGCCAUGCUGUAGUUGUUGUAGUCAAUAAAAUUGAUAGACCUUCUGCUCGUCCAGAAUUUGUCGUUAACUCUACGUUUGAACUCUUCAUCGAAUUAAAUGCAACGGAUGAACAGUGUGAUUUUCAGGUAAUAUAUGCCAGUGGUAUCAAGGGAAAGGCAGGGCUAUCACCUGAAAAUUUGGGCGAUGAUCUUGGCCCACUAUUUGAGGCCGUCGUUAGAUGCAUUCCAGGACCCAAGAUUAAUAAAGAUGGUGCACUUCAAAUGCUUGCUACAAAUAUUGAUUACGAAGAACAUAAAGGGCGCAUAGCUAUUGGACGUGUGCAUGCUGGAAGUCUGCGCAGGGGAAUGGAUGUGAAGAUAUGUACAACAGAAGAUGAAUGCAGAUUCGGCAGAGUAAGUGAGCUAUUUGUGUAUGAAAAAUUCAGUAGAGUUCCCGCAGAAACUGUAGAAGCUGGAGAUAUCUGUGCUGUAUGUGGUAUUGAUGAUAUUCAGAUUGGAGAGACUAUCGCUGACAAAAGCGAGGGAAAACCAUUACCUGCAAUCAAGGUUGAAGAACCUACAGUGAAAAUGUCAUUUUCAGUCAAUACCUCCCCUUUUGUUGGACGCGAGGGGAAGUAUGUCACUAGCCGAAACCUAAGAGACAGGUUGUACCGUGAGCUGGAAAGAAAUCUGGCAAUGAAAGUUGAAGAUGGUGAAACUGCAGAUACAUUCAUUGUCAGUGGACGUGGUACUCUGCAUAUCACUAUACUGAUAGAGAACAUGCGAAGGGAAGGAUAUGAGUUCAUGGUGGGACCUCCCAAAGUGAUAAAUAAGAAAGAUGGUGACAAGUUGCUGGAACCUUAUGAGAUUGCUACUGUUGAGGUUCCUGAGGAACACAUGGGGUCUGUGGUUGAACUUCUGGGGAGAAGGCGUGGGCAAAUGAUUGAUAUGCAAGGGCUUGGGUCUGAAGGGACAACUUUGCUCAAAUAUAAAAUACCAACCCGAGGUCUUCUUGGAUUGCGGAAUUCAAUCUUGACAGCUUCUAGAGGCACAGCAAUUCUCAACACAAUAUUUGAUAGCUAUGGACCAUGGGGCGGUGAUAUUUCCACUCGUGAUCUAGGUUCACUGGUUGCAUUCGAGGACGGAACGAGUACAUCCUAUGCUCUCAUGAGUUCUCAGGAUAGAGGGCAGUUGUUUAUUGGCCCUGGAGUUGAUGUUUAUAAAGGUCAAAUAGUUGGUAUUCACCAACGGCCAGGUGACCUUGCCCUGAAUGUCUGCAAGAAAAAAGCUGCGACAAAUGUUCGUUCAAACAAAGAAGUAACAGUGGUUCUUGAUACUCCACUAGAUUAUAGUCUGGAUGAUUGCAUAGAGUACAUUCAAGAAGAUGAGCUUGUUGAAGUUACUCCAUCAAGUAUCCGGAUGUUGAAAAACCCAAAGUCUGCCAAAAAGACACGAUGAAUGUUUACAUAGAACAAGGCGAAGAGAUGCAAUGAAGUAUACAUGGUACGAGAACGAGGCAAAGAGACAUAAUGAAGUAUACAUGGUACGUGCCAAUAUAUAUGUCAUCCCAACUCCUUAAUUCAUUCCAAAGACCUCUCUUUUGGAUAGAGCAUUCCGCGAUUUUUAACAUGUUGAUUAUUUUCAACAUGUGAAGUAAACUUUUGGUUAAUGCAGAGCUAUACAACAUUCAAAGCCUCCAGUACAAUAGGUUGAACCUUUUGGUAGUUGGAUUUGGUUAGGCAUACAAAGGUGUAGUAUAUUAUUUCUCACAAUUUGUGUAGAUGACUGAUGAUAUAAUAGAGAGCAUGUAUCCAAAGCUGCAAAACAAUAUGCAAUAUUUGAUUGUUUGUUAUUGUAGUUACUAAAGACUUCAAAUUCCAUGUUUUCAAAAACAUCUACUUGAUAGGCUGCUCA